AUGAAGUCCUUCGCUGCCGUCGCCAUAUUUGCUGGCCUUGCGGCCGCAUACCCAGGAGAAGUGCUCCUCAAGCGUGCCCUGACGGAGCGUGACAGCGGGUGCCCUAGUGAUCUUACGCCAGGUCAAUACGAGUUCCCUCACUACAUCACCCAGAUCUCCAAGUCAGAGCCCGACAAGGCCUUCGGUCCUCAGUACAACGGCGUCUUCACAGCCAACGACAUUGCCUCCAUCUUCAGCUUCGAUAUUCCUAUCGAGCGCGCCGACGCCAACUGUACUCUCGAGUUCCUCUUUCCCCUCAAGUCCCAGCUCAAGACUUCAAACUUCGAGUUCGAGGGCGACGGCACGUUCUUUUUUACGGGCUACAACCCAGGAAGCUGCCCAGGCCCUGAGACUACGUGGAACAAUCAGCCAGCACCGGGACCAUUCCCCGCGUUCCCACCUAUCCAGAUCGAACCGGGAAAUCGUUACGUAAUCGACGUGGGUCCUUGCUUCGUUGGAGCUGGCAGCUGUGUCGCAGGAAUGACUUACACUAAUGAUUCGAAUCUGUGGUUCUUCCAGGAUUCCGACGAUUGCGCAAUUGGGAUGUUUACGUCCUACCAAUAUGGCUUGCCAACACCCGAGGGUGGCUUUGGAGCAUAA